AUGCUGAGAGCCUAUGGCUGCAUGGUGGUGUUUCAUGUGCCGAAGAAGAAGUGGGGAAAGCUGGAGGCUUCUGGGAGAUGGGGUGUGCACUUGGGGCUUGCAAAGGACCACAAGGGCUGGUUGCUAUGGGACUUGACCAGCCAGCAGCUGACUGUGUCAAGGGAUGUGAAGUUCCUUGAGUCCCUGUACUACAAGGAGUGGAAGCAGCAGCAGCAGAAGCUUCCAACUACACCGCUGAUCGUUGAGGCCGAUGAGGUGCAGUGGUCUUCGAGGCAAGUGGAGGUUACUGUCUCAGAGGAGGAGAUCUCUGGGGUGACUGAGGAUGGGGAAGAACCUGAGGUGGAGGAGCAGCAGCAGCAGCAGCAGCAGCAGCCGCAGCAACAGCAGCAGCAGCAGCAACAACAACGUGCUCAACCACGUGCCCAAUGUCCGCCUGUACGUCCUAGAAGGGAGGUGCACCCUCCUACCAGGCUGACCUAUCCGACUCUUGGCACGCCAAAAGUGGUACCGGCUGGGAGUGCGGCUGAGCAAAUGGAUGAGGAUGAGAUAGCCACUGCUACGAGGCUUUGUUGA